AAAAUUUCGUCCCUAGGAACGUCGGCCAUCGAUCUCUUCUUGCCCGGUGUCGCUAGGAGGUAGACGUGUGUAGCCGGUUGGUUGUAUUUUUAAAUUAGGUAGUGAAAUUCAAACCAAGAUAACACAAUGGCUAAUCAAGAUAGUCCAAUGGAAAACGGUGGAGAAGAUUUUUCCCAAGACGUAACUACAGACGAAAACAAUUUCCAAACGGACCAGAAUGGCGGUGGCGAUGCUCCACCAGAUAGUGGUAGUGCUGAUACGCCCGGGAAGGAUGAUGAUAGAAAAUUGUUUGUUGGCGGUCUAAGUUGGGAAACUACAGACAAGGAACUUCGAGACCACUUUGGGAAAUAUGGAGAAAUUGACAGUAUAAACGUCAAAACUGAUCCGACGACAGGGCGUUCGAGAGGUUUUGCAUUCAUCGUAUUCAAAGAUGCUGCUUCCAUUGACAAAGUCACUGCGAUCAGUGAACACACAAUCAACAACAAAAAGGUGGAUCCAAAGAAGGCCAAGGCGAGGCAUGGGAAGAUAUUUGUUGGUGGUUUGACGCCUGAAUUGUCCGAUGACGAUAUCAAACAGUAUUUUGGACAGUUCGGCAGUAUUAUCGAAGUUGAAAUGCCAUUUGACAAAAUUAAGAACCAGAGGAAGGCGUUUUGUUUUAUUACAUUUGAAUCCGAACAGGUUGUUAACGAGCUGUUGAAGUCGCCAAAACAAACAAUAAAAGACAAAGAGGUUGACGUGAAGAAAGCUACGCCCAAACCUGAUCAGAUGAUGAUGAUGGGUGGUCGCGGCGGAGGUCGUGGUGGUCGUGGAGCUAGGGGAGGGCGUGGUGGUCGAGGUGGUUAUGGUCAAAAUUGGAAUCAGGGUGGUAACUACGGCGGCUAUGGUGGCUAUAAUCAAGGAUAUGGCUACGACGGCUAUGGGAGCGGCUAUGAUUAUUAUGGUGGUGGAUACACGAAUUACGGAGGAUACGACUACUCUAACUAUGGCUAUGACCAAGGCUAUGACAGCGGCUAUGGUGGUGGACGCAACUCCCGCGGAAAAGGGCAACCCCGCAACAAGAAGCAGUGGUCGAAGGAAAACUAAGAUCUCCAGACAGGGUAAAGAAGAGACUGCAAAAAGAACUAUACAAUUUUGGUGAAUUUUUUAUAUGGUGAUCGUUUAUAAUUACCUCAAUAUAAAACUGUUAUAACGUUAAAGAUAUAUAUUUUGUAUAUCCUUUUAUAUCCGAAUUCUUUAAAGUUGUAACAAUUUAUUAGGUUAUGUUUUGUAAACAUAUUUAUAAUAUGUAAUUAAAGUUUGUUUGCCAUAUAUGAGACUAUUUGUAACAUAACACAGAUAUAUUAAUAAAGUUACGUGACUAUAUGUAUGUAUAAUUAUAGAAUGGUAGAUGUAUAUUCCUCAUAAUUCUGAAGUUUAUAAUAGAUCAAUAGUGUAAAAAUUAAACAAAGCUUAAAAUUGUAUAACUUGUGUUCCGGAAUUAAAUUUGCAGUUCUUGGAGAAUAAAACAUGGUAAAUAAUAAA